AUGAUAGCCGACGAAGUUACCUCCUUGAUCACUGGGCAAAAAGCUUACGGCGCACGACUUUAUUUAACAAAUCUGAGUAAGGUGGAGACAAGGUCGUCAACUGCGCAACGUUUGACUGUAAACGACACAAUUGCGCAAGACCAGACAAAGCACACUCUAAUGAGCUCUUUACCUACGGAGGAGUUAUUCGUUUGGGGUUCAUGUGAAGAUGGCCAACUGAUCAUUGAUAAUACUGAUGCAUGUCAAAUUUUAGUCCCCAAAGCACUAAACGGUUACAACCUACCGGAAUUUAUCCAAAUCAGCUGUGGGUACAAACACACGAUGUUUCUGACAGUUGAUGGCGAAGUAUACAGCUGUGGUUGCAAUGAAUUCCAACAAUUAGGCCACCAACAACCUGAUGGUCGGCUAGGAAAAGUAACCGUUUUAGAGCACUACAGGAUAACAAGUAUUGCUUGUGGAGCGUAUCAUAAUGCUGCUGUCACUUAUAACGGACUUCUUUUCACUUGGGGUUGUAAUUCUAAUGGACAGCUUGGUCGUGAAGGCGAUAAUACAGGAGUGAAACUUGUUCGUGCAUUAUCUGAUCAUAGAGUUGUUCAGGUUAGUUUGGGUAUAGAACAUACCCUUGUGCUAACAGAUACCUCGCGCGUUUUCACGUUUGGCUCAAACUCAAAAGGUCAAUUGGGUUUGGGUUUUGUAUCCGAACAACCGAUUUCAAUACCACAGCAGAUACUAUGUCUUUCAGGUUUGCCUGUCCGACGUAUAAUAGCUGGUGGUUGGCAUAGUUUUGCGCUAACUGUCAGUGGUUCACUUUACGCAUGGGGUUCUAAUAAUCGUGGUCAACUUGGUUUAACGUAUUUUGGGUCUUCACCAACUGAUCAAAGUGAAGUGGCAUGGAAGUCUGUGAAUACAGGGUCUAGUGAUGGUAGUGGUAUAGAUGAUAGACAAUCAAGAAAUCGUUCCAAUUCACCAUCGAUACUAGUCGAAGUAAUGUUGCGAAGUUGUCUAUUUGGCAUGCGGGAAGCCCAUACGGUCGCACUUACGCGAGACGGCGGUGUUUUCACCUUCGGUGCUGGGAGACAUGGCCAGUUAGGUCAUAAUGAAUCAGUCGUCGGUAUAUCUGUACCUCGCAAAGUAACAGAAUUUAUGGGUAACGUUGUCACUCAAGUAGCCUGUGGUCGAUUUCAUACAAUGGCACUGAUUCCUAAAAAUGGUCGACUGUUCACAUUUGGUCAAGGUAGUAAUGGACAGUUGGGUGUCGGUGAUUCUUCGAAUCGUUUAUUACCUUGUCCAGUUAAAGGUCAUUGGGUAUCUUCUUGUAGGCUAAGUGAACAGAUCGCUAUUGGUGAUGAUUUAUCAUCUGUUAAACGGUUUGUCAUCCGACGAAUAUUCUCUGGCGGCGAUCACACCUUUCUACUCGCAAAGUUAUAUCAAACUGGAGAAAAAGUUGAUCCAGAUGACUUACGCAAUUGGAAUCGUUUGUCACUUCAAUCUAUAGUGACUAUUUGUCCUGAGAUAGUGGAACAACUUCGAAAUGCUUUGACUGCUCUGCCUCUCCCAGCUCCAGUUUCUCGGUCUGCAUCUCUUUCUUCAUCACGUUCAUUGACACCUUCUCUCAACUCUACAAGUAAUGAACCAAUGGCAAUCGUAGCGCAAAUUGAAGCUGUAUUUUCUUCUCUAGGCUGCUUAUCAGCGAGUUGUCUUCAAGAAGGCGAGCAAAAUAAUCAUUUCCGAACAGGCAGAGAAGCGCAUGGUGUGGAUUUAGACCUUGCACACAAAUUGCAGUCUCAAAUUUUCUAUCUUUUACCUAAACGAGAUCUACGACGUCUAAUCAAUAAACUUAUAGACAAUGUAUUAUCUACAUCACGUAAUAACUAUCCAAGCAUUGAAUGUCUUCGAGGUUUGGUUUUAAAUGCCUAUUCUGUGGCUAUCAACAGACUUGAUUCAGCCCCUUCGAAAAUUUUCGACCAAUGGCUUACAAAAAUGCAACCACGCUAUCUGAAGAAACUAGUUCUGAAUCUGAACAAUUUAAUCUCAUACAUACUGGAUAUGCAACCAGCAACAGUUGACAGUCAGCGUAAAGUAAAGGAAGAAAGUAUCCGUCAAGCACUCGAGUUCAUGAAACGCUUACAUCGGGUGAAUGAAAAUCAUCCGAAUCCAAUCUCUUAUAAAAGUGCAUUUAUACACUGGCUACAAGAAUGUAAUUCUGGUGGAAUGCGCUUCUUUUCAUUCUGUGAUUAUCCAUUUGUAUUCGAUGCUGCAUCGAAAGCUGAAAUGUUGACUAUAGAAGCUCGUCUAACUAUGCAGCAAGCUAUGGCGCAAGCUCAACAGAAUGCAAUUUUUCAAAGUGUUCUCUCGCCACUAAUUGGUGCACCUGUGUUCGGUAUAUCGGAACCAUAUUUUACAAUAAUUGUUCGACGAGAUAAUAUUAUUCAGGAUACCCUGACCCACUUAACCAUGGCUAAUCCAGCUGAUUUCAAAAAGUUGUUAAAGGUUAAAUUUGAGAACGAGGAGGCUGUGGACGAAGGGGGUGUUAUAAAAGAAUUUUUCUUACUGGUUAUGAGAGAUUUACUAAAUCCUGUAUAUGGCAUGUUUCGAUGCUAUCCAGAAUCUCGAAUGUUAUGGUUCAGUGAGUCAACAAUGGAAAGUGAAAAUGUAUUCCUAAUGGUUGGUAUACUAUGUGGUUUAGCUAUCUAUAAUUCUAUCAUAGUGGAUUUAAGCUUUCCGCUUGCAAUGUUCCGUAAACUAUUGGGGGAAACACCUGGAUUAGAUGAUCUCAAGGAAUUAGAUCCGAUUGUUGGUCGCUCUCUUCAACAGUUACUUGACUAUGAUGAACCAGAUUUAGCGGAAGUGUUUUGCCUCAACUUCAGUGUUACAAUGGAUUAUUUUGGUGUUAAUAAAGUUAUCUCGUUAAUUGACAAUGGUGAGGAUGUUACUGUAACACAAGAGAAUAAAGCUUUAUAUGUUGAGAAAUAUGUGCAAUAUGUCUUUCAAAAAUCAUGUGAAACAUCCUAUACAGCAUUCGAAAAAGGAUUUCAUCAAGUGUGUGGUGGUUAUUCCUUGAAGUUAUUCCGUCCUUCUGAAUUACAGGCUCUUGUUGUUGGAUCAGAGGCAGUAAAGUGGGAUGAACUUCGUCAGAACACUUCAUAUCAAGGUGUUUAUUGGGAAAGACAUCAGGUGAUAGAAUGGUUUUGGGAAGUGUUACUUUAUGAUUUUACUAUUGAGGAGAAGAAGAAGUUUCUACGCUUCUUAACGGGCUGUGAUCGUGUACCAAUCGUUGGUUUCAGUGGUGUUAAGAUUAUAAUUCAACCAAAUAAUAGUGGCGAUGACUUCCUACCUGUAGCGCAUACUUGUGCCAAUCUCCUGGAUUUACCCCAAUAUAGUUCCAAAGAGAUAUUGGCUAAAAAAUUAUCAAUGGCUAUUCAACAAACAGAAGGCUUUGGUUUGGUUUAA